AUGAAAGACUACCGUCCUAUAUCGUGCUGUAAUGUUCUUUAUAAGGUGAUAUCCAAAAUCCUCGCAAACCGUCUAAAGACCAUUCUGCCGAAAUUCAUUGCUCCGAAUCAAUCAGUCUUUGUAAAGGAUCGGCUUCUAAUUGAGAAUGUAUUAUUAGCGACUAAAUUGGUGAAAGAUUACCACAAAGAGGAUGUGAGUCCAAGAUGUGCCAUGAAGAUAGACAUAUCCAAGGCGUUUGAUUCGGUGAACGGGGAGCUUGCUGGAUUUUUCAAAAGUGAGCGCGGUUUUCGGCAGGGAUGUGCUCUUUCUCCGUACCUCUUUGUUAUUAGCAUGAACGUAUUGUCUAUGCUUCUUGACAAAGCGGUCAAGCAACGGCGGUUUGGAUACCAUCCAUCGUGUAAGAACAUGACUCUUACCCAUCUCUGUUUCGCCGACGACCUUCUGGUAUUCACGGAUGGAAAAUUGAGAUCGAUGGAAGGGAUUAUAUCUGUUUUCGACGAGUUUGCAAAGAUGUCUGGCCUUAAUAUCAGCCUAGAGAAAUCUACUCUCUUCAUGGCUGGCUUUUCAGAUCAGACACGCGCUUCUAUUGGUCAAAGAUUCCCGUUUGCGACUGGAACCCUCCCUGUUCGCUAUCUCGGAUUACCUCUCACCACCAAGCGUAUGACGAAAUCAGAUUAUCUGCCAUUGUUGGAGAAAAUUCGAACGCGCAUCAGUUCUUGGAAAGCUCGAUUCCUCUCAUUUGCGGGUAGGCUUCAGCUUAUUAAAUCAGUCAUAGUCAGCACCACAAACUUUUGGCUGUCGGCUUUCUGUCUUCCGGGUGAGUGCAUUAAGGAGAUUGAAAAGCUAUGCUCUGCCUUCCUGUGGUCGGGGCCAGAACUAAACACACGGAAGCCAAAAAUCGCAUGGAGAGAUGUCUGCAAACUUAAGGAGGAGGGUGGGUCAUGGAUGUGGAGGAAGAUCCUGAAGCACCGUGACAUCGCAGCUCCGUUUUACCGAGUCGAAGUAGGGAAUGGUCAUUCAUCUUCAUUCUGGUACGAUAAUUGGUCGCCUCUAGGUAGACUGAUUGACCAAGCUGGUGAUGGUGGGUUUAUUGGUCUGGGAAUUAAGCAGUUUGAGACAGUGGGGUCAGUGCUAAGUACCCACAGGCGAAGAAAUCACCGUAAUUCCGUCUACAAGGACAUCGAAGCUGCCAUUGAUGUUCUUCGACAAAAUCAGAGGCAGAUGGAGGAUAGGAAGCUGUGGAAGGGAAGAAACAAUAAAUUUAAGUCGAAAUUUUCUACCAAUGAGACCUGGAAUAAUAUUCGACAACUGCAGGCCCGAGUUGAAUGGUGCGACGGAGUUUGGUUCUCUUACGGAACUCCCAAGUAUGCGUUUAUGGUCUGGCUUGCUAUUCAGAAUCGCUUAGCCACAAAGGAUCGUGUUUCGAGCUGGAACCCAGCUAUAAACACAGAAUGUGUCCUCUACAAGGAUCCUCUAGAAACCAGAAACCAUCUCUUUUUUUCAUGUCCGUAUUCAAAGGAAAUCUGGAGAAAUCUGGUGCAUAAGCUGCUUGGAGAUAGUUUUACAUACGAUUGGGGAGCUAACAUUGUUUUGUUGACGGAUGCUUCGCAAGAUUCAACACCAUUGUUUCUCUACCGAUAUGCCUUUCAAAUGACGCUGCACACCAUUUGGCGUGAAAGGAACAAGCGCUGUCACGGAGACCAGCCGUCGACAACAUCUGCUCUCACCCGAUUCAUUGACAAAGGAAUCCGCAGCCGCAUCUCGUCCAUCAGAAUGUCUGGAAGUAACAGAUACGAUGAUGGUCUUGUGUGCUGGUUCGCAAGUAGAAGUUGA